AAAAUAAACGUUCAGUCAGACCGCUGUCGCCAUUAAAUGAAAUCGUAUCUGUAACAGUUCGCCGACAUGAGUAGUGGUCGCCGAAAACUAUCUUUCCUUGGCUUCGCACCGCAGGAAGCAGCUGAAGAUGAGAUCCACUUGGAUGAGGAGAUGGAUCGCGUGCUCUGGGGAGGAGGAUCCUCCAUUAGGAAUCUUCAAAACACCGAACCUCUUAGGGAUGCCGCUGCCCCGUUGCCAUACACAUCAUCAUAUCCAAAUGUUUCCAUAGAGUUUCGAAAUAGUUCUGAGCUGUCCCCUGGUAGUCCACGCCAUUGCAGUACCACUGCAUCGGAGGCUCAAAUGUCAGGUAUUCUAUCGGAUUCCGGCUCAAUAUACGCGAAGGACUUGGACCGCCACGUUCAGUUUGAUAGUGAAGAUCUAGAAAGCUCUCGGACAGAAGAUUUCAAAGAAGAACGGCGAAUUCAACGACAUCAUCGCCACUUACAUCCGCAUAAGUUUCGCAAGUACUCCUUGCAAGAGGGUGGCAGAGUUGGUGUGUUAUUACCGAGUCUGUCUAUCGGAGAGAGGAAUGCCCUAGCUUCGGCAACAGAAGAAUCUUUACCGCAGGCUGAUCAAGACGACCUUCGCAGCCACCGCAGUGAUGACCCUAGAGCGUUGCGUCGUCAUAAAAUUAAAACAAGGGGUUCAACAGUCCACGUCAGCAGAAAAGAUGGCGGAGACAAGAUCAUGCAAAGUUUAUUUACGGAUAACAUCAGCAAGAAAUUAUUGGACCACAGUCCUCAUUCGGUCUUCGUCCAACUCGAUGAGUUGUUGGCCAAUGAAGAUGGUGACUCGGAGUGGAAAGAAACGGCCCGUUGGAUCAAGUAUGAAGAGGAUUUGGAAGAGGGAUCUGCUCGUUGGGGUAAACCUCACGUUGCCUCUCUUUCUUUCCAUUCUUUAUUGAACCUGAGGCGUUGUUUAGAGACCGGAGUUGUGCUUCUUGACCUUGAAGAAAAGGAUCUACCUGGUGUUGCUUACAGGGUGGUCGAGCGCAUGUUCUCAGAUGGUUUGAUAGCAGAGGAUGAUAAGGCCGUGGUGCUGAGGUCGCUUCUUUUACGUCACAAACAUGUCCAUGACGAGAAGUUCCGAUUUUCUAUAAGUGGCCGAAAACAGUCCUCCUACACAAGUUUACAGUCGCUGUGGUUAGAAGAUAACGCAUUGGGUCCACCCGGGCCUGGUGGACGAAUUCGCUGUUCGAUUUGCUCCAACACCGGAUCCUGCAGAAGACACAGCACUCAUCUUAUCAACUUGUCAGACUUUAAACGUCGGCAGAGUACGCAUAUGAUUAUUGGAGAUCGAUUGGAUGCACGUAAAAAAUCGUCAGCAGCUGGUUUAGAUACACGUGAAGUUGAAUAUCUAGCAGCUGCCGCAGUAGAAUCUCAGGAUAAAUUAAGACGUCCCCAUAAUGAUUCUAUUAUGAAAAGAAUCCCUGACGAUGCGGAAGCUACUACAGUUCUCGUUGGAGCGGUUGGGUUCCUUGACCAACCUACCAUCGCCUUUAUACGACUGGCUCAUGGCAUCCUUAUGCCUUCCAUUACGGAAGUUCCUAUUCCAGUGCGAUUCAUGUUCAUUCUUCUUGGACCAACAACUGCGCAACUUGAUUACCAUGAAGUUGGUCGAUCAAUUUCAACACUUAUGUCUAAUCCAACUUUUCAUUCGAUUGCAUAUAAAGCUGAAGACCGACACGAGCUACUAUCGGCUAUAAAUGAGUUUUUGGAUGAUUCAAUUGUUUUACCCCCGGGUGAUUGGGAGCGACAAGCUCUUUUACCUUUCGAAGAACUUCGAGCUAAAAGUGAAAUGAUUCGUCGCCGGAAACGCGAUGCAAUAGAAAAGAAGCGUGCUGCAACUGCAACAGUGGACGAAACUGCUCCUCUGGAGGAGAAGAAAGCAUUAUUAAUUGCUGAAAGUGGUGGGCCGCCAGACAAAGAGCCUGAUGAUCCUCUAUCUAAAACGGGACGUUUGUUUGGAGGAGUUAUACGUGAUAUGAAGCGACGUUAUCCCCAUUAUGUUUCGGAUUUCCGAGAUGCCCUAAAUGGCCAGUGUGCAGCAGGGGCUAUAUUUAUGUAUUUUGCUGCGCUCUCAUCAGCCAUUACAUUUGGAGGCUUACUAGCAGAAAAGACAUAUAACACUAUAGGAAUCUCGGAAACAUUGGUGUUUACAUCAGUUGGAGGCGUAUUCUUUGCAUUAGUUGCUGGCCAACCAAUGAUGAUCACAGGUGCUACGGGUCCACUUUUACUUCUGGAUGAAUCCCUUUCGAACUUCUGUCACUCGUACGGUUUUGACUUUCUGGCAGCACGGAUGUACUGUGGUUUAUGGAUGAUCGUAAUAGCUCUUCUCGUGGCAUCUUUGGAAGGAAGUGUGACUGUGAGAAAAAUUACUAGGUUCACGGAAGAUAUUUUUGCUUUCCUGAUUUCUAUGAUAUUUAUAUCAGAGCCGAUUACAAAUAUCAUUAAUUUGUAUCGAAUGCAUCCACUUGGAUACGAUUAUUGCCAGAAAGAAAAUAUAACGAUUACUCCACCAAUUAUCAAUUCUACAUUAUCAGAUGGUUCAACAAAUUUCACGAUGCCGUUACCACCCCCAAAGCACAUUAUAUCACCACAACCAAACACAGCGCUCUUCUGCACUAUUUUGACUCUUUCGACAUUUAUAAUCGCUUAUUACCUUCGCAUAUUCCGGAACGGAAAAUUUUUGGGUCGUAGUGCACGUCGUGCGCUUGGAGAUUUCGGGGUCCCAAUCGCUAUUGUUGUUAUGGUGGGUGUUUCGGCAAUUGUACCUGUCUGGACAGAAAACUUGAAGGUGCCCGAUGGAUUGAGUCCGACAGCUGAUCGGUCCUGGCUUGUACCUCUUAACCCAGGGCUAGAAACCAUUCCCAUUUGGGCAAUAGGAGCCAUGGUUUUACCAGCUCUUAUGGUUUACAUCAUCGUAUUCAUGGAGACUCAUAUUGCGGAGUUGAUUAUUGAUAAACCUGAGCGUCAUUUGAAGAAAGGCAGCGGUUUCCACAUGGACAUAGUUGUUAUGUCGUUGGUGAAUGCAGUUUGUGGAAUGUUCGGAGCACCGUGGCAGUGCGUAGCUACAGUGCGAUCUGUCAGCCACGUUUCAGCCUUAACAGUGAUGUCUACAACCCAUGCACCCGGUGAUAAGCCACAUAUUGUCGAAGUUAAAGAACAACGUUUGACCGGUCUGCUCGUAGCGAUAAUGGUUGGAGUGUCUGUGCUUGCCUCGGGUUGGCUGCGUCUCGUACCAAUGGCCGUACUAUUCGGAGUUUUCUUGUACAUGGGUAUAUCCGCUUUAAGUGGAAUUCAAUUUUGGGAAAGAGCUAUUUUACUUCUUAAACCAGUAAAACAUCACCCGCAAGUACCCUACGUUAGACGAGUGCCGACUUCUAAAAUGCAUCUGUUUACGUGUAUCCAAAUUAUGGGUAUCUGCGUCCUUUAUGCUGUGAAAUCAUCGAAAAUUUCUUUGGCUCUGCCAUUUUUCAUCGUACUUAUGGUUCCAUUGAGAAUGACAUUGGUUUACCUCUUCACACCUCUACAAUUACGAGCGUUGGAUGGUGCACAAAAGGAUAUUGACAAAGAUGAUGAACCAGAUUUCUACGAGGAAGCUCCUCUACCAGGAUAAAGUAGUAAUAAAUUGGCCACUUUCAUGUUACAAAUUAAUUUUCUUCUCUUCUUAAGGCAAUAGUUAACUGAUUUUACGAUCGCCGGGAAGCCGCCAAUUUAACCCUUCUUCUGCCAAUUAUAAUUUUAUUUGAUAAAGGCUUGAAUAUAUAGCAUAAUUGGUUUGAAAUAUCGCAGGCUAGAACCAUAUCGCUUAAUACGUUUUUGUAAUUGUGUUUAUACAUUUGUAAAACAACACGUCUUACGUGUAUAUUUGUCAAUUAUUUUUAAAUAGAGAACAUAUUUUCAAUUUCAGCUUUUAAAGCUUGUCACCUUAGAAAUUAAAAACAUGUUAGGAUGUUGUAGAUGAAUAGUUUUAUAUAGCUAUUAAUAGCUCUCACAAAGAGCCAAAGUAGGUGCCAAAGAUACCAAAACAAAUGUUUAGAUAUAAAUUUUAUCUAAAACAAAAAUCCAUAAAGAUUAAGUUGCUUUUUGAAGUUUAAAAUAAGGACAAUCUAGCAGUAUUAAGGUACCUAGUAUUAUUAGAAAAUAGUGUCAUUCUAUGUAUUUAAUAUAGCGUUUAGACUAUGUAUAAUUCAGUAUAGUUCCCAGCACGUGAGUUGGCAAAGGUCACAGAACAAACUCCUCACAACGCCAAAAUCUUGCCAAAUUUCGUGCUGAGCCCUAUUCUCUAUGAACUUUUAGAAAAAUAAGCACAAUUUAUACAAGUCACGAUUGUGUACAAAUACAUAACGAAAUAUUACACACAAAUUUCUCAUAUAUAACAUUUUUUUCUAAUAAAAUUUACUACACAACUUGACAAUAUUUUUUAAAAUUUUUAAAGUAAAUAAUAAGUUUGCAAAUUGAAUAAGGUCUUAUAUUCAUUGUUAUAAAACGUGUAAACAAUAUAUAGGCAAUCGAUUAAUCGAACACAUACAAACAUUUUGUUCAUUAUGUGAAUUUAUAAUAGAAAAGUGUAAUCAGUUAUAAAAUAUUUCGUCCGGGCAUUAUUAUUCUAUUUUUGUUUUGAUUUCUCGGUUUACACAUAAGAAUCGACCCCUUAAACGAAAAAGGUUUAAUAUUAUUGACACCUAUGGUUAAUGUCUAUGUAAUUUCUAUCUCAUAAGACCCAUAAUUUUAUAGCGCUCACUAUUAAGUUAUUCAAUUUAAUGUUUUGUAUGUAGCACUCUACUUAAUCUUUAAAAGAUAAUCGUUACAAAACAAUACUGAUAUAAUUUAUCUUAAUAGUAUAUCUAAAUAAUUAGAAAGUAAGAACUUCACACAUUCCAAUUAUAAAUUGUCUAUGAGACAUUAUCUAGUUGGUUGUAAUACAUAUUAUGUUUAGCUAUAGUACUUUCAAAAUAAAUUACCUAAAAUUGGUAUAAAUCAGUCAAAUUGUACUUUUUAAUUGUAUUAUCACCUCUUUCUGUUAAAUUGUGCUUACGCUGCAAUAAAUAGAGAGAUGAGUACUUGUGUUAAAACGGUGCAAUUGGACUGAUAUUUUUUUAGUAAUUAAUACUUAACAUAUAAAAAUAAAACAAAUUAUUUUUAUACUUUUAGAUUUUCGUUGUAUUGUUUGUCGUUGAUAUACAUCUCAACGAUACAACAUAUGAUGCCAAUUUAUUUUAGAUUAAUUGUAUUUCACGAGAAGUUUGUUUCACAUCUUAUAGAUUAUGAUACGCCGGAAUGUACACUGGAAAAGUGGGGCCAAGAUUGGUUAUCAUUGGGGUAACAUUGAAAUUGCCAUUUAAAAUAAUUUUGACUAUUUCGUCCCAAUUGCAAAUGAAUUCAAUGUUGGAAUGCCAUUUUGGUUGUUGGUUUAAUUGAAAAAUUACAAUACUUGACGAGACAUUACGGGAGCGGCUGAGAGUGAUUAGUAGGUACAUAAUGCUCUGUAACUUGCCAGCUCUCGGCCCGUUUGUUUUAUUAUAUUCAGAGACGUAGCACUAAAUAUAAUUAAGACAUUUAGUAUUGUCUUCGCGCUGUCCACUCCGAAUGUUGACUAAGUGCUAGUAAGCAAGUCGCCACUAGCUGAGGCUGUCGACGAGAAUACUUUAUGUAUGUCACUGUUAUGUUGUAAUAUAAUGAAACAAUGUUAUAAAUUAGCUUCUGUUACCGUAUAUUAUUAGUUUAAUAUUCUUUCUAGUGAUUAAUUCUUAAUUUAAACAUAGAUUCUUUGCAUAAUCUGCUGAACUGUACGAAAGAAAUAAGUUAGGUCAAUUUGUGUUGCCUCUGUAUUUAAAUAAAGAUGUGUAUGAUUGUCGAAUUAAGUAAAAUAAAAAUAAACUCAUAA